AUAACACGAAGAAUAAUAGAAAAGCUUAAUUCAUUCAUUCAUAAAGUAUCAUACAUAUCAUAUUGAAGCAUAUCUAUUUCGGACCAACCAUGUCUUUAUCAAGAGCAAGAAUACAAAUGCACAUAGUGCCUAAUAACUCAUCGUCAUCACCCUUACGUGACUUUCUUAUACCUCUAUGCACGGUUACCCAGCCGACCCGAAGACGAUUCCUAAGCACGACUCAAAAAUCCAAUGCGACAGUCUCAACAGCCUCGUUGUCUUCUCCAGCUGAGAACCCAAGACGCAAACCUCUAACAAAGGAGCAACGCGAAUUUCUCUCUUCAGCUCUCCGUGUAAACCAAGCAGGCGAAUUAGCCGCUACCUUGAUCUAUACCGCCCAGACGCCGCCUCUUAUAAAUGCACACCCACACCUUCGACCUUUGAUGGCCCACAUGUACGCCCAAGAAGAAGGCCACUUCGAUACCUUCAACUCCCUCAUAGCCAAGCACCGCGUCCGCCCAACUGCCCUCUACCCGGUCUGGUCCAUCCUCGCGACGGGAUUAGGCUGGUCGACCGCUGUGAUGGGGCGCGAGGCCGCAAUGGCUUGUACGGAGGCCGUCGAGACCGAAAUCGGUGGUCAUUACAACAACCAAAUACGGACGCUGCUAGAGAUGUUCGACCAGUGGGAAGCAGAAGGCUACGAAGUCGGCGAAGAACUCCAAAAUCUUGUAAAAACUUUACGGCGUAUACGAGACGAAGAGCUAGAACACUUAGAUCAUGCCGUCGAUAACGAUGCGAAAAAGGCCGAACCCCACUGGUUAUUGACCGGUGUCAUACGAUUAGGAUGUAGGGGUGCGAUUUGGGUCAGCGAGAGGGUAUGAAUAUACUUUAUUGAAGAGUGAAUCUCGACAGCCUCGAUAUUUGGUGAGUGAGUUCACUAUGUGCUCAACGAUAGGACAAUAUCUUAUCGCGAGUUCAUCUGUUCUCAAAGGACCUACCACGUUAUGCUCCGGCGUCCAGAUUUACACGAGUCUUAUGCAAAUUUGGUCUCGUAAUCCUAGAUGGCAUAUAUAUCUAUGCUCAUCAUUGUAUAACCAGGCCACACGCAUAAAUAUGUCACUAAUACAAGAUAUAGCUAGGUUUAUCUCGUAAAAUUUUUGUUUUCGCUAAACGAUCGUAGUGAGUAGGAACAUGCCUAAUCCGGGAGCCUAACGAACGAUCCUUCUGAGGAGCAACAUCGACAUCGUCACCUCCAGGGCUUUGCAUGGACCUAAGAAAAUCUUUGGGCAUAGGAUGUAGGUUUUCUUUUGCCCAUUUAGUCUUCGCAUCUUUCUGUGCAAUAUGUACAAUACGUCCCCUACGCAAGUUCUUAUUUCUAAAUAUUUUAACAUGCGCUUUUACAUUUUCAUGAGUAUAAAAGUACCUAUUUUCAUCUUCACAAGAUAUCUUACCUAUUUGAUUCUUACCGAGCGAAGUAAGAUACUUGGUAGUUUCACGGAACAUCCAUCCAAGCUGCAUCAGUCAUUCAUUUCUUGCAGCUU